AAACAGAAGAACUUUGAGGUGGACGAUAGUAGUAGUUGUUAUUGGACAAAUGACGCCGGGGCAUGACAAAAUAUUUACGGUAUAAGGAUUACAGAUAACAGCAGCUUACUGCUCUACUGCUGAAUACUGAUAACGGCUUCAUAGACAUUAGGCAUCACACCGUGCGAUUGUUUGUUAAUAAGAACUUAACAAUUGUCGCUUUUCAAUCAAAACGCUAGAAAUCAAUUCACAAACACACCUUUCUAAUUUGAUUUUCACGUCUAUGACAUUUGGCUCAAACGCGUAAAACUUAAUGUUUGUUUCCAUUUUUUUUUUAUCGUUAAUGGUGCAUUUAUGCAUUUCCACUGACCGUCGAUAAUGUGCCGACACUCCAGUGACGUUUUACACUUAGGCUGUGGUUAAUGUUAGUCGUGUCUCAAAGUACAAACAAUCUAUGACCAUGUUCUCUUGGAUACGCAACAGGAGGCAAUUGACCAGACUUGAUCAGUACGGGUUCGAAGACGAUGGACCCCCAGAUACCGUCGAUUGCCUGGGCGCAAGAGAUAGCAGGACGAUACACGUCAACAGCGUUCAUAACUUAAAGCACUGUUCGAACUGUAUAUCCACGGCCAAGUACAGUAUACUGUCGUUCUUGCCCAUAUUCCUCUUCGAACAGUUCCGGCGUUAUUCGAACUGCUUUUUUCUACUUAUAGCGCUCUUACAGCAAAUACCGGAAGUGUCUCCCACUGGUCGAUUCACAACAUUAGUACCAUUAUGUUUUAUUCUUUUAGUCUCUGCACUUAAAGAAAUUAUUGAAGACUUUAAAAGACAUAGAGCAGAUCGUGAAAUCAACCAUCGAAAAGUGGAAGUCUUAAAUAACGGUAUUUGGACGCCACAACGAUGGGAUCUCAUAAACGUAGGUGACAUUGUUAAAGUGCAAAAUAAUACGUUCUUCCCCGCCGAUCUUCUAAUACUUUCUUCCAGCGAACCACAAAGUAUGUGUUAUAUUGAAACAAUGAAUCUAGAUGGCGAAACAAAUCUCAAAAUACGACAAGGUCUUCCAGAAACGUCACGUUAUGUCGAUGCAAAUGAUCUCAUGCGCUUUAAAGGGGUAAUUGAGUGUGAGCUUCCAAAUCGGUUGAUCUACGAUUUUGCUGGCAGCUUAAAAUUGGUAGAUAGAGUUCCAUUGUCUUUGGGUCCCAACCAUCUGCUGUUGCGAGGUGCCAUGUUGCGUAACACCGCUUGGGUGUGUUGUGUAGUUAUCUACACCGGUCACGAGACAAAACUCAUGAUGAACCAGACUUCAGCACCUCUAAAAAGGUCAACUGUAGACAAAAUUGUUAACACGCAGAUUAUAAUGCUUUUCUUGUUGCUGUGUACAUUGUGUUUGAUAAGCGCGUUUUGCAACAUUAUUUGGACCAAACAGAAAGGAUCAAAAGACUGGUAUUUACAAGUAGAUGAUUUUGUUACAUUCAAAUUUGCAUUUAAUUUACUCACAUUCUUUAUACUAUUUAACAAUUUAAUUCCUAUUUCGUUGCAAGUGACUGUUGAGGUUGUACGCUUCAUGCAAGCACUGUUUAUCAAUAACGACAUUGAAAUGUAUCACCAAGAAAGUAAUACACCUGCUAUGGCACGAACUUCAAAUUUAAAUGAAGAAUUGGGCAUGGUUAAAUAUAUUUUUUCUGAUAAGACUGGUACGUUAACAAGAAACGUUAUGGAAUUUAAACAUUGUUCAAUAGCCGGAGUCCUUUACUUAGAAGGUUCACAAGAUACCUUAAUAAAUAAUUCAAAAAACCAUCCAACGCAAGAUUAUGUUUUAGAAUUCUUAAGAAUGAUGUCUGUUUGUCAUACGGUUAUUCCGGAGAAGAUUAAAGACUCAGAUGAAAUGUUAUACCAUGCAUCAUCUCCAGAUGAACAAGCGUUGUUGAAAGGGUGUCAAUUGUUUGGUUAUGUAUUCCAUACCCGUACUCCUAGAGCGGUCACGGUUUCAGCAUUGGGCAUCAACGAGGAAUAUGAAGUUUUGACUGUCAUAGAGUUUACCAGCGCUAGAAAGCGAAUGUCCGUCAUUGUGCGUGCGCCGGACAAAAAGAUUUAUCUCUAUUGUAAAGGUGCAGAUACUGUUAUUUUUGAACGGCUUUCAAGGGCGGGUGAAGAGUAUAAAGAAAUAACAUUAAAGCAUCUCGAAGAAUUUGCAAAUAAUGGUUAUCGUACAUUGUGUUUUGCUUAUGCCGAGAUUUCGGAGCACACUUACUCUGUUUGGAAUGAAGAAUUUUUGAAAGCGGGUAAUGUUCUCACAAAUCGCGAGGGUGCUAUUGAUGAGGUGGCCAAAUUAAUUGAAGUAAAUCUCAUUCUGCUCGGGGCGACAGCCGUUGAAGACAAAUUACAAGAUCAAGUACCAGAAACCAUUGCAGCUCUGAUUAAAGCGGAUAUCAAUGUUUGGGUACUGACUGGAGAUAAACAAGAAACUGCCAUUAAUAUUGGAUUCUCAACAAAUCUGAUUACACAAGGAACUCCUUUAAUUAUACUUAAUGAACCUACAUUGGAUGAACUUAGAGAAUCGUUACGGCAGCACAUGAGUGAGCGGGGACCAGCUGUAGGGAAGCCUGAUAAUCCUUUAACGCUAGUAAUUGAUGGCCAGUCAUUGAAACAUGCUCUAUCCCAUGAUCUAAAAAUGGAUUUCUUAGAACUAUGUAUGAGUUGCAAGUCUGUUAUAUGCUGCCGUGUAUCACCUAUGCAAAAAGCAGAAGUUGUAGAAUUAGUAACAUUAAAUACACAUCAAGUGACAUUAGCAAUUGGUGAUGGAGCAAAUGAUGUGGCAAUGAUCCAAAAAGCACAUGUUGGUGUUGGUAUAUCGGGUGUUGAAGGAUUACAGGCUGCUUGCGCAUCUGAUUAUUCUAUAGCCCAAUUUAAGUUCCUGUUGAAAUUAUUGUUUGUCCACGGUGCUUGGAAUUAUAAUAGAAUGUCUAAGUUGAUUUUGUAUAGUUUCUACAAAAAUAUUUGCUUGUACAUCAUUGAACUGUGGUUUGCAAUUUAUUCUGGUUGGUCCGGUCAAAUCAUUUUUGAAAGGUGGACAAUUGGACUAUAUAAUGUUCUAUUUACUGCUGCUCCGCCCUUGGUAAUCGGUAUAUUUGACAUUGUGUGCACUGCAAACACAAGGCUCAAGUUUCCUCAGCUCUAUUCACAGACUUUAGACACAUUUAACGUACGGAUAUUUUGGAUAUGGGUGUUUAACGCUAUACUUCACUCGUUUCUGUUAUUCUGGAUUUGUAUGUUUGCAUUGAAACAUGAAGUUGUCUGGUCUAAUGGAAAAGAAGGCGGUUACUUACUCAUGGGAAAUUUUAUAUACACAUAUGUUGUCAUUGUUGUGUGUCUCAAAGCUGGCCUACACAUACAGUCCUGGUCUUAUAUUGUACAUACAGCUAUAUGGGGUUCAAUUGCUGCAUGGUUUGUGUUUCUGGUCAUCUACAGUCACGUAUGGCAGUUAUUCCCUAUUGGUUCUGUGUUUACUGGCAUGGAUGUCAUGGUAUUCACAUCACCAAUUUUCUGGAUUUUGAUGCUGUUUUCAGUAACUGUUGUCAUGGGAUUAGAUUUAGCGGCUUUAUCAAUUCAAACAACUACUAAAAAAACUUUGGUUCAAACAUUAAGGGAAAACGAAUUACGAAAACCAGAAACAAACAAUGUUGUUAAUCCGAGACAUAGAACAAACGAAAAGGCACGUCUCCUUGAGAACGUAAAAAAUGUUUUCAAUUUCAAAUCUCGAUUACAUUCGACUACAGAAGUUGAAAUGAACCAUGGUUUUGCUUUUUCACAAGAAGAAGGAGGCGCUGUCAGUCAGUCAGAUAUGAUACGCGUGUACAACACGUGUUCGCCAACUCCAGAAGUCGUAUAAAUGCGUGUGAACUGCCGCUAAACCACUGUUAGUAAUAACUAAUAAUAAUCUUAAAAAUAUAAUACCAUGUGUCGAGCACUUAGUUUUAAAAUCUGUUAGCUGGACACACAUAUUAUUUUUAUUGUUAAUUUCAUUGCUGUCGCUAUAACUUUUUGUUUUGAUGUUUACUAUUAUUAUUUUUAUUAUUAUUAUCAUCUCAUCAUCAUCAUGAAAAUUUUGUUUGGACAUUGUGCUCACCGUAAUAAUGUUAUUUUUAAUUUGUACAUCAAAAUAUCUGGUGCAAGUCUCAUGGAUCAAUACUCCUUGACAUUUGUUUACAGUUAUUUAUCGACUAUUCAGUAUUUACUGAAUAAAUUGAAAACAAAAAUGGCUAUAUACUACACUUGAUACAGAUAUCAAAAUUAACUGCUAAUUUAUAUGAGAAGAAUUAAAAAUCUUAUAGCCUAUACAGUCAAAGGUAUUCAAACUGGGCGCCGUGGCUCCCUGGGGCGUUGCAAGGGUUGUCAAAAGAGAGCCACGUCAAAGCACCAGAAACUAUAAUUAAUGUAGCUCAUAUAUAAUAUUAAUAUAAAAUAAUAUUAUUUAUAAUCAUUAAAGCGGUUAUAGAAACAAUAACGAAACACGUCACACGACCAUUUUAAUUAUUAUUUCUAGUACUAAAGUCACUGGUAUUAUCAUCCAUAUUGUCCAUAUUAUAUGCAUUUUUUCAAAAUAAUUUGGGAGCCGUCAAAAUAUUGUGAACACUCAAAGAAGCAAUGGGAUGAAAAAGUUUGAAUGCCUUUGCUAUAGGUACAAAUACUAGAAGUAGUUAAUUAAUAGUGUCCAUCGACCAUAUUUUGACAAAUAAAUUGCAUAAUAAUAUAUUUUAUUCAUAUUUAUUUUUCAAUGUUUGUUUGCUCAUCAUCAAUCAUGAAUAUAUGGGGAAAAGGAUCAUAUUAUAUUUCGAUGGAAUUUUAUUUUUAUCUAGUGUAGUAUCUACCCAGAAGUUUAAGGUUAAAAUAUUAACGCUCAUAGAAGACCUAAUUACUAGUUGUAACUAAGUUACCUAGUUACUAAGUUUUUUUCUGUAGGUACAAUGUACAAUGUACAUGGCAAAUACAGUACCUAAAUUGUAGAUUGUAGAUCUAUUAUAUUAAGUGGACUGCACACUUUUUCAUAUAAGUACCUAUCUCUAGAAAAUAUUUAAAGAUUUUUAUUAGAGUGGAUUUCAAAACUCAAGUGUAAACUAUCGUAGAAAAUCUUAGUUUUUUUUUUUUUUUCUAAAAAAGUCUAGUCAAACAGUAAUUAAGUUGAAAUUACAUAUUAUAGCGUACAAUAGAUUUAAGUAAAUCACAUAAAUUAAUGUUUACCUUAUUUCUUAAAUUUUUUUUUUUGUGAUAUUUUGCAUAGCAAUAGUUUAAGCUUGAGGCUUGACAAUGACUAAUGUGUACAGAUGUGCGGUCCAUGAUAUAAUAGGUUUUUGAGCAUCAUAAUAUUAUAUUAUUAUCACCAUUCAUGUAUAAUAUAUUAAUAUAAUAUGUAUUAAACAAGACAGCUCAACCUUGUCCAAUAAUUGCCCA